GGACAGUUGGUUUGCGAAGAAGGUAAACAAAAUCUCCGAUUGCGUUUAAGAUUUCCGUUCCUCAAUCAAGUUAUCGCUCUGUUUGGAUAGGCUUUAGAAUUCCAGAUAUAUGUAUAUUGUUGCUGUUAGCCGAGGUGGUUAUUGAUAGCGAUCUGAAGAACAAACAAUUAGGGCAGUGACCGAUUGAAUUGACCUUUUUCCUUGUAAUUUCACUUUUGUUUUUUUGUUUUUUUGUUUUUUUUUGCUCCAAUUGAAGGCGAAAAUCAUGACUGGAGUCGGAGAACCUAGUGGCCUUUACAAUUUUCGGGAUUUACGGACCGAUCGUAACGAUAAUUUUGAUGAUAAGGAACACAAGGGAACCGCAAAUUUUGUUGCGCUGCCGGAGCCUGAAGUUUUGCUCAAAAAUACUUCUCAAAUCUUGGCUAAUCAGUUGAGAGUUGGGGGAUACCAUGCCCCUCCCAAGGCCCAUCCUAUCUACCAGAGACUGGAUACACUACCUAAGAGAAGCGCGGGAACCACUGUUUCAGCUUUUAUUUUCGAAGGGGGAGUAAUUGUGGCAGCUGAUCAUCAUCGUAUAUUAUGUCAUGGUUCGGUCCCGAACAUUGUUGGACUCAAUUCGCACAUGCUUGCCACUAUUUCUGGAGGGAGUGAGUAUUUGCUCCAAGAACUGCAUCAGAAGUGCGUCCUACAUGAACUUGCAAAGGGGAGAAGAACUUCUGUUGCAGAUGCAUCGAAGUGGUUGGCUGAUACCCUGUCUUCUCGUAGAGAGGAGGAUGUGUCACUAGGAGUACUGAUUGCCGGUUGGGAGGAAACGGGUCCGGUCCUGUAUCAUGUUGACAAUGAGGGGAAAGUGCAGGAUUGUAAGGAGAUACGGGAUUGUGUUGGAAAGGUGUGUAAAUGUGCGGUAAUUGCCACUGGAUCAGCUGCCGGUUCUGCUCAGAGUUCUGUAACUCUGAAGGCACGUUACGGUAUGUCUGUAGAUGAAGCUGUGUUUGUGGGAAAACAUUCGGUUUGUGCUGCUGCAUGGGCUUUGUCACGACAUAUCCUAGAGGACGGUGGCGAUGUGGGUGCUGAAUAUGGCGAUGUGGUCAGUGUUUACCACAUUGGGAGUACUGGGUGGAAGGAGUGUAUAUCCGCUCAUGAUGUGGAGGACCAUCAAAAGAAGCACAUUACAACACACCCAGAGUACAAAAUGGGAAGAGUCUGAAGAUGAGCCGGAAGAAGAGUUUGGUGCAAAAGACAACAUCAGAACACAACCAGAUUUCCAAUGGGAAGAUGAGUGGGAAGAUAUUUUGGAAGAUGAUUCGGAAGUGGAGUCCGAAGACGAGUGGUAAGAGUGAUGUUGUGUAUGGAAAUGAUAGCAUGAUCUCAUUCUGAGUUGAAUAGGAGGUUGAAGGCACAUUUAACAAGUCAUCUGCUACAAGAUUUUUUUUUUUUAUUUAUAAUUAUCUGUGGUGAACUUGAAGUUGGUACUAAUUUGGGGGAAGAUUCUCUCAGGGCCUGCACUAAUCCAAGUUCUUAGUUCUACAACAUAGCCGUUGAGAUAAUGACAAAUCCACUUGAUUUACAAACUAACAAUUCUGGAACGAAUCUUCGAUGCUUGUAAUGAUUGAGACAUAGUUUCGCUUAUAAUUUAUUCUUAUAUGUAUGAUUUUUCUUGCUGAAAUUCUCUAUAAAUUUUUUAUGCACAAAUUAUUAUCUUUUUAAUAUUUGUUAUUUGAGAUUUAUAUGCAUGUAAGGUUAGAGCA